CCUGCGUAGCAAGCGUUCCCGUGUGUUUUGAGCGAAAGGAAACCGACAGAAACAGAGAAAACCGGCGAGAUUUUUUUGCGCUCGAAACACACGAACAAGAACAAUUUUUUUGUUACUUUUACUCGGAUAAUACCCUGGUCGCUUAUUUGAUGUAUUCUUUGUCUCCCUCUACCUAUAGAUCAGACCGUUAUUCCCUUAACCAUACAGCACUGUCUAAAGCUGAGUUUUCAGAAUGUUGAAGCGUAAGUGUUCCACAAGAUGCAUGAGUGCUCCCUGUUCCUGUUUACCUGUUUACUGUUUAUUAUAACUGAUUUGGUAACCCUGUUUCCCGACACCUGAGCCCGCGCAUAUUAUUGCGCACUAGGGAAACAAAAUGGCUGACAACGAAUGGAGCACAGUAUUAGAGAAAUGCUUGAAUCUCCUUUGCGGACAUGCUAAGCUAGACCGAGACAAAGGACUUAACGAUUUGGAGCAAGAGUUAAAUAACCCAGAGGGUGUGAGAAAUUCUCCGGAACACCUCCUUGAACUACAGAAAGCGCUCAUCGCUUUUGUCAAGUCUAAUGACAGAUGGGAACAGAAGUAUGGUGGCUUAGUCGGAGCAAAGCUCGUCAUCCUGGCGGAUCUCGGGUCGGCAGAGUUUCAGGAAACUACCAGAAAGCUUACAUUAUCUCUAAUGCAUGACGAAGAGGCGAGAGUUCGUGUUGCUUCAGGUGAGCUAUUGGGGGCCUUGUGUAAAGUCAAGGGUCCUGGAGUCUAUUUAGCUUGCCAAGAAGAGAUCAUCAGAAGCGUUGCUGAUAAUCUAGAGCGAAAACUCCCCGCAGAUGAAGUGGGCUCCAAUGAACACCUUAUGCAGAAGCUGGUACCAAGUCAGGAAGAGCAAGAGCAUAAGGCCGCGGAUGCAGCCCAGAUCUUCCAUGAUACUGCAGGAUGGAAGCACCUUGAGACCAGCAUGAGAUGCUUGCAGUCAGUGAUAGAAGGUUGUGGUGAAGAGUUUAAUGAGCACAUAACGCAGGACUUGCUGGACCUGAUAUUCCAGGCACUUAACCAUACAAAUCGCUUUGUGAGAGAAACAGGGUACCAGCUCUGCGGAUCUCUUGUCAGUUUGGGCAGAAUCCAAGAAUCAGAAGUUUUGGAUUCCCAAGGCAGUAGGAUUGCUUACGAGAAAAAUGCAAUAGUACAACAUGGAAAGCAGUUUGCUGAUUAUUUGAGGAAGGGUCUUGCUGACAAUUGGAGCCAGGUGCGUCUAGCCGCAUCCACUGCCACUCGGCAUUUUCUCCAAACUCUGCCACCUAUUGCAAGGGAACAGUUCUACCCAAUCCUCCUCCCUGCAAUGUGUUUAAACAGGUACUAUGUGGCAGAAGGAGUAAGGAUUUAUUCACAGAAGAGUUGGAAAAUGGUGAUGGGUAUGGAGGGAAAACAGCUGGUGGAGAAAUACAUCAAAGAAACAGUUGAAUUUUAUGUGAGCCAAACAAAAGCAGACAACCAUGCCGUCAGAGAGGCAGCCUGUGCUUGUAUAGCAGAGCUGGGUCUUAAGGUGAGUGCUGACUACACCAGGCCUCAUGUUAAAAGUCUACUAGAUGCGCUCAUAAUCUGCUUCAUGGACGACAGCUGGCCUGUCAGAGAUGCUGCAUGUGUUGCCUGUGGUAACUUCAUCCAAAGUUUCCCCAACGAGUGUCAGCCAAAGAUGCCUGACCUCUAUCCUCUGUUCUUCACCAAUUUGGAGGACAAGAUUCCAUCUGUCAGACAAGGAGCUGCAAUUGCACUUGGGAAUGUUGUCAAGGCAUAUGGAAAUGAAGCAAAAACAAUUGUUUUCUCUAAAGUAAGGGAAGGACUCAAAGAGGUUCAGAACCAGGAGGCCAUCACUGAACAAUUUGCUGGGCUAGAUAAAGGUCCUGCUACAUUUGGAGUUGUCAAGAAACUUAGAGAUAAUGAUAUGGAUCUCCACACCAAUAAACAGAUGUAUUCAUGUGGCUCAUUGGCCCCCAAGAUGGGCCGGGGCGGUGGGUGCUUAGAUCACCUUUUCAAGAGACCUGCUGAGCCUUGGGAAAAGACUGAUGGCUGCAUUAAUUUGGUUGCUGAGUUGUCAAGGCAGCCCCCUUACCAGCGCGCAGUGAUGGAAGUGCUUCCCUUGGUAGCCAAGGCUGGCGAGUAUCACCACUAUGCUCAACACCCUUAUCUGCUAGAGACCAUCUGCAAACAGGUACCCGUGAUAGCCAGGGGAUUAGGCAAGAAACUAUUCAAGAAUUACCUGGAGCUCUUCCUGGAAACUCUUUUCUACAGCUUGAAAAGCGAGAAUAAAUUGACGUCUGGUGAAGCGAGGGAGUGUUUCAUGGCGCUUGGGCAGCUACUUGGUCCAUCUAUCCUGCGAGGCCGUGUCGAGAUCUACGAUCACAGACUACUCGACCAACUGGAUGUGCUGUUUCCCCCCGGGCCACCAUUCUGAACUAGUGCACAACGCGUGUCAAAACCUCAAUUUACUCCACAUCGCAAAGCCGAUUGGCUACCAAGCGCGCCGUCUCACAUGCUGCCACUUCUCUGAUUGGUUGUCCCCUCUUUGGUUCACAUGUCGUGCAUACUCUGAUUGGUUGUCCCUUUUUUGUUCACGUGUGGUCGCUUCUCUGAUUGGUUGCUUCGUAGAUGGCUCACACGGCGCCUUAUUCCUGGCUGGCCUAACACUUUCUAGGAUCUGCCAAUUUUUUCUUCAGAAAUUGCAUGAAAUACUUGCCUUACGACAAAGGCGUCCAGAGUUGUUCUUUUAUAAAUUGUUGUUUUAAGUACUUAUAAUGUUGUUUUUAAGUACUAAUUACUGUACACCAGGCUGGUCUAAAACCAGUAGUUUCAUUAAUAGUAGCAAGGGGUUUGGAACUCGCGUGUGCGUGAGUUUUUUGUGCUAGAGUUUCGUGAUGUUUUGUUCAAAUCGUUGUUCUAGUACUCAUGGUAGGACAAAUAAAAGCAAAAGUUAACCUACUAUCACAGAAACAAGAGACGCUUACCAAAUAACGUCGAUAUAUAUUUAUGUUAUUUCUAAAAGUAAAUAUGUGAUAUAUCCUAUAGAAAAUAAAUAGUUUAACUGUA